CUGAGCCCUCGCGCGCAUUUCCUCCACACAUACAAAAGAAAACAUAGCUAUCACAUACUAGAUAGCUCAUUAAAAUCACUUCUGGCAGCUGGAAAAUUAGAAGUAUUACAUAUAGAGUGGCGAGGACCUGGAGUUUUACACCUGGAAGCAUCUCCACUACAACGCAGCCUUAUCUUGAGAUUUACAGCUCAUUACAUGACGUCGGUCCAGCACAGUGUUUUGCUGAAGUUCUUCAAAGAUACAACAAACAUGUCGGAGAGAAAAGAAGGAAUAGAAUCUAGAGUACCGAAAGAACAAGAGAUACGAGGAGAUAAGGAGAUACAGGAGGAGAUAGCGAGAGCUGGGGAGGUGGAGAUGAAGGAGUUCAGUCAGGAGCCGGUGAUCAAGGUGACGAGGGAAGAAUCCUCCUUCAUCAAGGGAGAUCUCAAGGUGGAGAAGCUGAGAGUGACGGAGAACAUCGCGGUAAGAUACCAACACCUGUUCAAAAAAACUGACACACCAGGAAAGACAGUCGUCACCCAGAAUGGAACAACAAAAAUAAUAAGUGUGACAGAAACAAGUGAACCGAAUGAAGAACAAAUUUUAUACAGAGAAAUGACGACAAUGAAAGCAGAGUAUGAUGAACAGAGACGAGAAGGUUUCCAGAGAGCAGUGCAUAGAGUGACGAAGAUACCACAGUUUAAAUUUAAACACACCGUGGAUAAGAUAAAGAAACAAGAAGAAAUGAUAAAGGAAGGGAAAGAUGAGGCGAACCUUGCACUUCGAGUGGUAGAAGUUGUACAAGAAACAAAGAAUGAUAGAAAACAUUUACAAGAACAACAAAAUGAUAAGAUGCAGUCUCCAAAUAUGGAAGAUGAAUUUGAUAAAAUAUAUGACGAGAUAUGUGACGGUCCACAAUCAGGAAACUUUACGACUCCUGAAAAAAUUGAAGAUCUGGACAAAUUAGAAAAUAAAUUUGAAGAAAUUAUGAAUGAUUAUGACAAGCAGAGGGAACAGAAAGAACAGGCGGGCUCGGGGAGAGUUAGAAGCAAAAUACCUUUGAUGAAACGCAAGAGUGAACAAGAUAUUGACGUCUCAAAAUCUACUUUCAGAAGAAAUUCUCUUAAGAGGUUAAGUUCUGUUGAUGACGCAAAGAAUAUUAUAUGCAAGAUACCAGAACCGGUCGUGAGAGAAAGAAGAAAACAAGAAGAAUCCAUCCAGAAUAAUACGGUUACAUCUUUAAACAGUGAUACCGUGGUUCAGACUGAAACAGUGUCAGUUAAGACAUUUACUUUGGCAAGAAAAGUUGCAACAAGUGCCUCAGAAACAAUAUCCACACAAAAAAGUCAUGAAAUCGUCCAAGGAAUAGAAAAUGAUUUGAUAACACAUCGAGAUUUAACAGGAAGCAGAAUUCCAAAGCAUUUUAAAAAUAUAAACGGAAAAGAAACAAAAAUGCAAGCAACAGAAAUUAAAAGUGAGUCGAGAACAGAAAAAAUAAAUGAAGACAUGAAAAUUAACAGAAAUGAAACGAAAGAAAUGAAAACAACGACCAUAAAAGAUUACACGAUAACAUUGAACAUAAAAGAUAAUAUAUCAAAGGUUGAAACAAAACCAAUUAUUAUAGAAAAUGUUAAAAUACUCGGGAACAACGACGAAAAGACACAAAAAGACUUUCAACAAACAACAGCUGACAAACAAUCACACAUUGAUAAUAAUAUACAACAAGGAACAACUAGUGUAGAAGUGACCUCACCGAUUAUAACUACAACUAUUAAAGAAGAUAAUAAUAAUAAUGUGGUUUCAAACAAACAUGUUACAGAUUUAGACUCAAAAACAUCUCAAGAAGAAGAUUCAACUAAUACAGUUGUAGAAGAACAAACCAACAAUAAUAGUGACAUUAAAGAAACGUCGUCCCUCUCUACUCUUGAGUGUGACAAAGAAAAUACAUUAGAUACAAGAAAAGAAGAUCUAGAUCAGUCUAUUAGUAGAACUACUCACACUAACAUACAAGAAAAUGAACUUAAAGAGACGGUCAAUGUUGUGACAUUAGAAUUUCCAAAGGCUUUAGUUUCUGAGUCUCAAAAUGUUUCAAACGAUUACCGUAGUCAAGUUUUAAACACCUCUAACGAUAUAUCAGAGAUAACAGAAUUUGAAAUACUGAGAACUGGAGCAGAAAUAAAAUACAAAGGUGAUGUAGAGAGUAAGUUAUGUGAUAGAAAUAUUGGUAAAGUAAUUCAUGAAAGAGUUGAACAAAAUCACAAGCAGACGGAACGUAUAGAAGAUAAGAGACUUGAAAAUAAUAUUAAUAUUAACAACAUAAGUCAAGAAAACGACUGCCAUGGUAAAGAAAGUGACAUAAACAAGAAAAUAGAAUUAAAAGAAAGUAUAACAAAUAAUAUAGAACAUUCAAAACAAGGAGAGAAAGAAGGGAACGCAGAGGGAGAGUCACAGAAAAACAUCACGACCAAGGAAAGAACAGAAAAAGAAGUAAGAAAUGGAGAAUAUUAUAUCGAAAAGUAUCAAAACAUGAGUCCAGAGAAGUUAAAUGAGUUAGAGGAAGAAGACAUCAUUAUAUUAAAGGGAAAAGUGAAGAGAGUCAUGAACAGACUGAACUCUAGAGAGUUUAGAAAGAGAGACACGGAGAGUGUGGAGCUGCCGGCAGAUGUGAGUGUUGUGAAUAAGAUAGCUUUGUUUGAGCAAUCCAAAGAUUCUGUACGAAGAGAUAAUUCACAAGAAAAAAUCAAAAAAGAUUUGAACAAACCAAAGAUAGUCGACGAAAUAUUGAAGACAGUGAACAAGGAGACGAGUGAAGAUGAGAAGAAUAUGAGAAGUGAUUCAAGAAGAGAAGAAUCAUUCAGUUAUAACACGUUCUUGAACUACAAGAAUAACUACAAAAGAGGAAUGAGUGUACAGGAAUAUAAUAUAAACCUGAACAACAUUAAAGAUGAGAAGAAAAAUAUACUUCAAAAGAUAGAAACCGCUCAAAAAGAUAACGAAAGAAAAGAUAUAUUAAAGGAAUACAAGAUAAAUAAAGAAAAAGAUUCAGAGACGAAGCGAGCGAGGGCUGCGGCGGAGAACAACUACCAGGGGGUGCGAGGGAGAGUGAGGGAGAUGGUGAUGAGGAUGAACUCCAUAGACAAGAUGAUGACGGAGAGAAGAGAAGGAGAGAGGAGGGAGGGAGAGAGGAGGAGACGGAGGCAGGGCUCAGUGACGGAGACUAUAGCACUGUUUGAGAAGAAGGUGCCGGCUGUUCGUCAGGAGUCUAUAUCUACCGCGAGUGUACCAGUGAAGAAAGAUGAGGCGAAUGUUCAGAUAUCAGAUGAAGAACUUCUCCAGAAGAUAGCGGACCUGGAGCAAGCUGUGACCAAGUACGGCUCCUACAAGAACAUGACGUACGUGGAGCUGAGUGACGGAGCGAGGAUGCCGACCCUGGCUGUGGGGACGGCUCUGCUGGAGAGUAGUCUCGUGAAGCCGAUCAUUAAAGCGGCGAUAUCUCUCGGUUACCGAGCUAUAGACAGCGCCUUUAUCUACGCUAACGAACGGGCGGUCGGUGAGGCGGUCAGGGAGAAGAUACAAGACGGAACUGUGAAGCGGGAGGACCUCUUCAUCAUUUCCAAGUUGUGGAGCACGAACCACCGCCGUGACCUGGUGCCGCGCGCCUGCAGACAGUCCCUGGAAACGAUGGGGCUGGACUACUUCGACCUCUACCUCAUACACAACCCUAUGUCCUUCAAGGAGGGCGCCAACCCGGUGCCCAAGAUCGCGAACGUGAUCCAAUACUCGGAGCACGACUACCUGGAGGCCUGGUACGGCGUUGAGACCUGCAUCAAGCAGGGCCUCGUGAGGAGAGGAGGAGUCAGCAACUUCAACUCGGUCCAGGUGCAGAGAGUUCUGGACAAAGGAAGGAUCAAACCCGUCAUCAACCAGGUGGAGUGUCACCCUUACCUGAGUCAGUCUCGUCUCCACGACUACCUCACACCCCGCGGCGUGACUCUCAGUUGUUUCGGUGUGUUGGGGUCCUCGGGCACCCCUCGUCACCUCCGCUCCCCCCUCCCUCCUGUCAUCGGCGACCCCCUCGUCAGAACCAUGGCCGCCGGGCUGGGAGUAACGCCGGCUCAGUUACUCAUUAGCUACCAGGUCCACAUGCGUCACCAGGUGGUGGUGAAGGCGUCCUCGGCGGCUCAUCUCCACGACAACCUGCUGGCCCUACAGCUACACCUCGAGCCGGCGCACGUGGCCGCGCUCUCCGCACUCAACAGGAACAAGAGGACCUUUACAUUCCAGGGGAUGGGUGACACACACAAGAACUAUCCCUUCAAGAUACCAUUCUAA